UCCAUGGUUUUCACAUCGAUCGUCAACAUGUAUGGAAAGUGUGGACGAGUCGAGGACGCGCGGAGAGUUUUCGAGGGGAGUCCCCCUUCUCGAGCACGACGUUGCCUCGUGGACAGCGGUCAUCACAGUCUACUCUCAGAACGGCGAGGCCAAGAGGGCGAUCGAGCUUUUUCGAAGAAUGGGAGUGGAAGAAGUGGAGCCGAAUCGCGUCACCUUUGUCACCGUCUUGGAUUCGUGCGCGGAGCUCGAGGAGCUUGCAACUGGCCGGAUCAUCCACGCAGAAGUUAUCAACUCCAAACUUCCGGUGGAUAUCAUCAUGGGAACAGCUCUCGUCAAGCUCUAUGGAACUCUUGGUUGCUGGGACGAGGCAAAUCAAGUUUUUGAGAAGCUGUCGCGGGAAGACGAAGAAGGGGACGUGAUCCUCUGGAACGCCAUGAUCUCGGCCUACGCUCUCAAUGGAUUCAACACCGAGGCACUGGAGCUCUUUUGCAAGUUAAGUCACAGUGGCAUGAAGCCCGACAAGGCCUCGUUCGUUGCGGCUCUGGACGCGUGCUCAAACUCGCUAGCAUUGAAACAAGGCAAGCUUCUUCACUCGGGCAUUCUCGAGCACGGCUACGAGUCGGACCUCGUCGUGGGGACGGCGCUCGUCAACAUGUAUGGGGAAUGCGGAAGCUUGGACUCGGCUCUCGAGUUUUUCCAGGGGAUGAAGAAGAGAAACUUCAUCACCUGGAACGCCAUGAUGGGAAGCUUUGCCGAGAACGGCCACAGGAUGAGAACUUGCGGAGUUUACAGGGAGACGGAACAGGAGGGUGUUCUAUCCGACCGAGUUACGUUUCUGAGCGUUUUGUUCGCGAGUAGUCACGCGGGAUUGGUGACCGAUGCCUUGGAGUUUUUCCACUCGCUCCAGGACGAUUAUGGACUGCGUCCCGGCUUGGAGCAUUACAGAUGUAUCGUUGAUCUUCUGGGACGGCUCGGGCAGCUCGAGGACUCAGAGGAAGUGCUGAGCUAUAUGCCGUUUGAGCCGGAUGCUGCUGCCUGGAUGGCAUUACUGGGGUCGUGUAAGAUUCAUGGAGACGUAGGAAGAGGAGGAAGAGUUGCUCGACUGAUUCUUCGUUUGGAUCCUCACAACUUGGCCGCCUGUCGCCUCUGGUCGUCCACUCCUACCUCGUCAUCUGAUGACUGGCUGGCUGAUGAAUAGUUUCACAACGUGUAAUGGCUAAUCACCUCCAGGCAUAUGUUCUCUACACUUUCCGUGAUGAAUCAUGAUCUCAUAAGUUUCAACAACGGUGCAGUGGCUAAUCAUCAGGUAACUUUUUUAUGGUGCCACUUCCUCACAGUUUCUCUUGUUUUUCCAUCGUGUAAUGUUUUAUAUAUUUUUCUCGUCGAUAAGUCCUGUUUUUCUAAAGCUGACGCGGAGUCUGUCUUGUUUUCAAUGAAACGAAGUUUCAUGGCUUUA